AUGCUUUAUAGUAGAAAUCUACUCUUAUCAAGAUUAAUAUCACCAUCAUUAUCCUUAUUAUUUAAAAGAAGAGUUGAUUUUUGUAUAAGAAAGUUAUCAUCAUCAAUUAUUACAAAUAACAUGAGUGACUCAUCAACUAAUCCACCACCAGCUGCAACACAACCUGCUGCUGCUGCUGCUGCUGCUGCUGUUGCUGCUGAAGAAGGCCAACCAAAACAAAAAACUGCUAAAGAAUUAGAAAAGGAAAGAAAGAAAGCUGAAAAAUUAGCAAAAUUCAAUGCUAAAAAGGCCAAACAAGCAGCUGAAGCUAAUAAUAAACCUAAAAAGGAUCAACAAAAAGAUGAUAAAAAGAAUAAAAAAGUCAAAACUCCGGAAACUAUUCCUGAAUUUAUUGAUAAAACAAUUCCUGGUAAUAAGAAAAUUUUGGUUUCAUUAGAAGAUGAAUCAUUUAAAGCUUAUAAUCCAAAAAAUGUUGAAAGUUCAUGGUAUGCAUGGUGGGAAACUCAAGGAUUUUUUGAACCAGAAUUAACUGCUAAUGGAGAAAUUAAAAAAGAAGGAUGUUUUUCAAUUCCUUGUCCACCACCAAAUGUUACUGGUGCAUUACAUAUUGGACAUGCUUUAACUGUUAGUAUUCAAGAUACUUUAAUUAGAUGGAAUAGAAUGCAAGGUAAAACUACUUUAUUUAUCCCGGGAUUUGAUCAUGCUGGUAUUGCUACUCAAUCAGUUGUUGAAAAACAAAUUUGGUCUAAAGAACAAAAAACUAGACAUGAUUAUGGUCGAGAAAAAUUUAUUGGAAAAGUUUGGGAAUGGAAAGAAGAAUAUCAUCAAAGAAUUAAAAAUCAAUUUAAAAAAUUGGGUAGUUCUUAUGAUUGGUCAAGAGAAAAAUUCACUUUAAAUCCUGAUUUAUCUCAAGCCGUUACAGAAGCAUUUGUUAGAAUGCAUGAAGAUGGAACUAUUUAUCGUGCUUCAAGAUUAGUUAAUUGGUCAGUUAAAUUAAAUACCGCCAUUUCAAAUUUAGAAGUUGAUAAUAAAACUAUCCCUGGUAAAACUUUAUUAUCUGUUCCUGGUUAUGAUUCUAAAAUUGAAUUUGGAACUUUAACUUCAUUUUCUUACCCUGUGAUUGAUAGUGAAACUAAUGAAAAAUUAACUGUGGCUACUACUAGACCAGAAACCAUUUUUGGUGAUACUGCCGUUGCUGUUCAUCCUAAAGAUCCAAGAUAUACUCAUUUACAUGGUAAAUUUGUUCAACAUCCAUUUUUAGAUCGUAAAUUACCAAUUAUUUGUGAUGGUGAAACUGUUGAUAUGGAAUUUGGUACUGGUGCCGUUAAAAUCACUCCAGCUCAUGAUCAAAAUGAUUAUAAUACUGGUAAAAGAAAUAAUUUAGAAUUUAUUAAUAUUUAUACUGAUGAUGGAUUAUUAAAUGAAAAUUGUGGACCUAAUUGGAAAGGAAUGAAAAGAUUUGAUGCUAGAUAUAAAGUUAUUGAACAAUUAAAACAAAAAGGAUUAUUUGUUGAUCAAAAAGAUAAUGAAAUGACAAUUCCAGUUUGUUCAAGAUCAGGUGAUAUUAUUGAACCAUUAUUAAAACCACAAUGGUAUGUUGAUCAAAAACAAAUGGCUAAAGAUGCUAUUGAAGUUGUUAAACGAGGAGAAAUUGUUAUUAAUCCAAAAACUUCUGAAGCAGAAUAUUUCCAAUGGUUAGAAAAUAUUCAAGAUUGGUGUAUUUCUCGUCAAUUAUGGUGGGGUCAUAGAUGUCCAGUUUAUUUUGUUAAUAUUGAAAAUGAAGAAAUUCAUGAUAAAUUAGAUAAUAAUUAUUGGGUUGCUGGUAGAACUGAAGAAGAAGCUUUCCAAAAAGCUCAAACAAAAUUCCCUAAUAAAAAAUUCAUUUUAGAACAAGAUGAAGAUGUUUUAGAUACUUGGUUUUCAUCUGGAUUAUGGCCAAUUUCUACAUUAGGUUGGCCUAAUGAAACUAAAGAUAUGGAAUUAUUUAAUCCAAUGUCAAUGUUAGAAACUGGUUGGGAUAUUUUAUUUUUCUGGGUUUCAAGAAUGAUUUUAAUGUCAAUUAAAUUAACUGGUAAAGUUCCAUUUAAAGAAGUUUUUUGUCAUUCAUUAGUUAGAGAUGCUCAAGGUCGUAAAAUGUCGAAAUCUUUAGGUAAUGUUGUUGAUCCAUUAGAUGUUAUUAAUGGUAUUCCAUUACAAGGAUUACAUGAUAAAUUAUUAACCGGUAAUUUAGACCCUAGAGAAUUGAAAAAAGCCACUGAGGGACAAAAAUUAUCUUAUCCUAAUGGUAUUCCAGAAUGUGGUACUGAUGCUCUUAGAUUUGCUCUUUGUGCUUAUAGUACUGGUGGUAGAGAUAUUAAUUUGGAUAUUUUAAGAGUGGAAGGUUAUCGUAAAUUCUGUAAUAAGAUUUAUCAAGCCACUAAAUUUGUAUUGGGGAGAUUAGGUCAAGAUUAUAUUCCACCAACUACAAGUGAAUUAACUGGUAAAGAAUCAUUAGUGGAAAAAUGGAUUUUACAUAAAUUAUCUCAAGCUGCUAAAUUAACUAAUGAAUCAUUAGAAGCACGUAAUUUUGGUGAUGCAACAAAUCAUAUUUAUAAUUUCUGGUAUGAUUUAUGUGAUGUUUACAUUGAAAAUUCCAAGAGUUUAAUUCAAGAUGGUACACCAGACCAAAAGAAAUCUGCUCAAGAUACUUUAUAUACUUGUAUUGAUGGUGCCUUGAGAUUAAUUCAUCCAUUUAUGCCUUUUAUUACCGAAGAAAUGUGGCAAAGAUUACCAAGACGUGAACCAGAAAUUAUCAACAAUCUUAAAACCAUCAUGAAAGCUCCAUAUCCAGUUUUCCAAUCUGAAUUUGAUGAUAUUAAAUCUUUAGAAGCUUAUAAUUUGGUUUUAGAUAUCACGAAAGGAGCAAGAUCAUUAUUAUCACAAUAUAAUAUUUUAAAGAAUGGUCAAGUUUAUGUUGAAACUAAUAAUGAUGAAAUUUAUAAAAUUGCCAAUGAACAACAAGAUUCAAUUGUUUCUUUAAUUAAAGGUGUGGAAAAAAUCACUGUGGUUAAAACUUUAGAUCAAGUUCCUUCUGGUUGUGCUUUACAAGCCAUUGGACCUGAUUGUACUGUUCAUGUAUUAGUUAAAGGACAAAUUGAUUUAGAUGCUGAAAUUGCUAAAGUUGAAAAGAAAUUAUCUAAUGUUUUAGAACAGAAAAAGAAAACUGAUGAAUCAAUUAGUAAAUUCACAGAAAAGACUAAACCAGAAGCUAAAGAAUCUGCUUAUAAAAGAUUAGAAAAACAAACUGCUGAAAUUGAAGGUUAUGAACAAACUAUUGCCAUUUUAGAAAAAUUGAAACUUUAA